AUGUCCUCGCAGUUCGCCCCAAAAGAGCUCCCUCCACCACCUUUACGCAUCGACAAGCAGCGCAACGGCUCGCAACCAUGGCCAACAGGAGCCUCUGGAUCCGAUAUGACCUCGACCGGUGAGCCUUCGCAUAUCGGCCUACCUUCGCAGCAUCAGGCAAAUGGGCCCACAGAGGGGCACCACACCAACAGUGGGCGCUUUCGCAUCCAUGUGCCUUCCCUGACAAGACAACAAAGCAGGUCAUCAGAAGCAGGUCCGAGCAAUCCUCCUGUCGCUACCCGAUCUAGAGCACCCUCAUCUGCGAGCUCGCAAGCUCCAGGCAAAGCUUGGCAGCCCCGAUGGGCACCCAAGUUGAAGCGCACCACACCAUCCGAGUCCGUCACAACCUACUCGCCCAUCCUCGACGCUUCGCUCCCUCUACCGCCACCCUCCGCCGCAUCCCCUCCUCCCGCUAUACAGCUUGACGACGCAGGUUUCGGCCUACCCUUCAGCACCUCUGGAUUGCUUGACCUCAAUGCUUCUCGCUUCUCCUUUCUCGAUAUGAGUAACAAAGAUCAGGACAGUGAUUCCGAUGGCGAGGGUGUCAAGCCAGGCCCUUUCCCGGUUGUUGCAUUGCCAACAAUCAGAGAUCCACCGUUGACGCAAGAUGCGGAUGGCCGAUCCCCGCUCACAGCGAGCUCAUCAGUCAACGGCCGAUAUGCAGCAUCUGCAGCUCCUUCAAGUUCUUUGCGUGGAGAGAUCAGUCGUGACACGCUCAAAGUGCCACUCCCCUCAUCGCCACUGCCUGGGAAUGCCUCUCGUUCACCGCAAGUGUCGCUGCCAAUCUCUUCUCCCGCUUUGGCAUCACUCAUCAGCUCUUUCCCAUCGCCCACCGGGCGUGAAGCAUCGUCGAACGAAGCCGCCUCGAUCUCUCAACUCUCUCCUGCCGAACCAGCAGAUGACAAGGCCUUGCAUGUCCGACCAGCCAUGGUCAAGGAAAACAGCUGGGAUGGUGGUGAGCGCUGGGAUGCAGAAGCGCACAAACACGGUGGUUUGGCAGGCUCCGAUGCCUCUACAGAGUCGCCGUAUCUCGACAUGGAUGAAGACGACACCGAAUUGCUCGAAGCUUCCUUCUCUCGACCUUCAGCGGAAACGAUGCAACCGACGCUGAGCUCGUCAUCCUCAAUGUCGCAAUCCAAGAACCGCACGACUCGCAACCUUCCCCCUCGUCCCGCUCCCACCAUGGCUUUGCCAGACUUGCCACCAAAUACCCUGGCCAGCUCGCAAGCCACUGUUCGGCGACACACGCCGAGCAACAGUGUGCAACUCGACAAUCAGCAAAAAGUUGUCGUCAACACUUCAGGACGGCCCUCACGACAGGCGCAGAAGCCGCUCAUUCUGCCCACAUUGCGCUCUUCAGCCAGCAUCGAUCGCCUCGCGACCAUGAAGACGGCGGAUGGCCCUUUGAACGCGUCUCUCUCAAAUGAGCCACUGCAAGCCAAGACUCCGAAUGGUAGCAAUCUCAAGUCAUUGACGCUUCGACGCAACGCAUCCACUGACGAGCUUGCAAAGUCGCUCGACAUUCCACGCGAGACGGUCCAGCAAAUGCUCGAUACAACUCAGCACGUUUGGCGCAACCACUUGCUCGGCUCGGCUGCUGCCCUGCAGAUUGUUGACGAAACGCCCAACCACAGCUCAGACCGUCUCUCCAGGUCGAGCUCGACUCCGAUGCUCUCGACCCUGUUUGCCUCACAAGGCUCUUCGGACGAUGCUGUGGCUCGUGAAGAUCUAUCUAAGGGAAGUGUGGCCAGACCGCUUGUGAACCGCGGCAGCAAUCGUACAUCGACUCUCGGCCUCCCCUACAUAUCUUCAUCGAGACCACCGUUCGAGCAGCAGAGCCCUGGUUGGACCAUGUCCAAGAGCAGCAUGGAUGCAGCGCGUCCUUCCACUACGGCAUUGCAGGCGGAGCGUGCAAAGCAUCGUCGCACCUUUCUGGGUCGAGGCAGCGAAGAUGGACCAACAGCCAGCUACAACUUCUCGAGGCCCAUCCGUCGAGAUGCCGAUGCCACUGACGCUGAACUUGCCGCAAGCGUAAGCAUGCCUGCUCUCUCUGCCAUAAAGCAAGCGCCCAAGCCGCCUGCUCUGUUGCAAAGCCCGCUUCUGCUCAAAGGCGAAUCGGAAGCGACUGGCUUCGCUCAGUUCGUCGUCAACGAUGAACAGGAGAUCCUUGCAUAUUCCGGCUCAGAAGCUCAUCAGACGUUCACGCUACCCCGCGUGCCACCGAAAGCAAAUGUUACUAACGCGCAAGAACACGCAGGUGUGCAAAAGUCAGUGUUGGCUCUGCCACAGCAGGAUCGAACCCCCUCGCCCAGAUUGGUUCGACGCAACUCUGAUACGGUCCUGAAUCGCUUUGCGCCUGAGUUCGGCAAGCGAGCUCCAGGUGAGCUUCACGCUUGGAGUGUAUGCAUUGAUGAUGACGGCGUCCCUGCUAUCCGCCCGUCUCCCUCGGCCUUUCAUCGUCCUAGCUGCCCUCUCGCUGGUAAGAAUAACGCGACUUGGCAGUGCGGCUGCCGAGGCGACAUGGCAGCUAGUCUCAAGAAGGUCGCAACUUCGUCGGGCGCUCCCACCUCGUUUGCAGGCAACUUGCAAGUGUCCGGUCCAUCAUCGCCAGGACGCAACCGAUCGCUGAGCGCAAGCAACGUCCUGGAUCCUGUUCGUCAAGCGCAGCUCUGGAAUCAAGUCGAGAAGAACAAAGAGCUCAUUCGAAAGCAUGAGCAGGAGAUUGCGGGGCUGCAAGAGCAGGUGGUUAGAAUUUCUACGGAGAUUGCUUCUGGCCGUCCCUCGAUUUCGUCCGCGUUUGCUACUCCAGAUCUUUCUUCCGUAGCCCUCUUCCCAGCGCCGCCGACGAAAGCCAAUAACGGCGAGUCAAGGAAGCCUUUGCCCUCAAUCGCCUCGUCAGAGUCGGAUAGAUCCGCGCCUCUGGUACCAACAAAGGCCAGCGGCGUCGAGCCUUUCCCAAGCGUAAGCGCGACGCCAAAACCAGCCGCCCAUGCAUCGGUCACUUCACAACCUCAGCCUCCUCGCACUCUUCGUGGUAGAAUUACAUCCAUGUCAAAGAUGAAUCUUGCAGGGCGUGACGAGGAUGUCCGCGCAUCUCAGUCUUUGGACUUGGAACACUCUCGUCUGCGAUCUUCGUCGUCCACUUCGAGCCUGAACAAAGUCUUCCGCUUCCCCUGGUUGCGCUCAACGGACAAGCAGACGGCUUACCCCCAGCCCACACCCUUCCCCUUGGGUCAGAGCGCGCAUGGGAGUUCUGCAUCAUCGGCCUCUGUUCGUGACAAAGCUUUGCCCAACGUUCAAAUGUUCUCUGCAGACGUAUCGCGACCACUGCCUGCGCCACCUCUGUCAGACACAACUUCGCUCAACAAGGACAAGCGAUACCCGCCAAGCUCGCGCAAAUAUUCUUACGAGAUGCUGCACGGGCCUGCGUUCCACACCAGCGUCGGCUCGCGACACUUGCGAGGACGUUCGGGAAGCUCCAAGUCUUCAUCUUUCGGCACGAGCAUCUUUUCGUCUAACGAAAGCAACGAGGUGAACGAGAGCUCGCGGUUUGCCAGCUUCGCGAAGCUGGGACGUCGAUGGGACUCGAUUUCAUCGCGAGGCACCAAUGUUUCUGCUAGGAACAGUGCCGAGGUGGCACAGAGAGUUGGUCCGUCGUACGGAUCGAUGCCAGCUCUGUCUUCAGUAGCGAACAAGCCAAUGCCGAUCGUCCCAAUCGAAAAGGAAGCAGCUCCACGACACUACAGCGCUGAGCAGCCGACAAGACCAAAGACGCCACCCCCUCGUCGAAGCUCGCUCCUGCGCAGAUCAUUGGAAGUUGCCCCUCCUGCUAGGCGGACGCCAAUCCCAGCCGAAUUCUUGCAAGCGAACGAUGCGGUGAUGGCACCCAUUUCGGAGCAGAGUGAGAUGGGAAGCCCGGCCUCGGUGCGACUUGCAACGAUCCAUGCUGAUCUAGAGAUGAGCCCAGCCAGCGUAGUUGGAGCAUCUCCAGCGGGCGGACCUGCCAGGAUGAGCUUGAGCGAACGCUACCGUCUUCAAGGCUUGACGGUGCCUGCUCCUCUGCCGCUGUCUUCGUCACAUGCUUCUUCGCUUACUUCUCCUGCAUUGGGAUCAGCGGCCGAGCCAGACUCAGGCACCAAGGUUGGAGAAGCACCGAGGUCGCCGUCUUCGCCACGUUCUGCAAGGAUGCCAUUGCCAGUGGCCUUCUCUCACGGCACUCUCACAGCCGCACGUCGCCCAUCACUCAAGUAG